GGGUGGGCGGGAGGGAGGGGGCGGGGCUUGGGCGCCAUUUUGAGCUGUGUCUGAGGACGGCGCUCCCUCCUUCAGUGCGGCGGCGGCUCAGAGACAGGAUUGCAACCAGAAACGUUUCGAAAGGAAGUGAUUGUGUUAUUUUCUGUCGGAGAGGAUGAGCUCUCGAGUGUUCAUCGGGCGAUUGAGCCCUUACGCCACCGAGAAAAAUGUGGAAAAAUUUUUCAGAGGAUACGGCCGGAUUAAGGAAAUUGAUCUGAAGAAUGGUUUCGGAUUUGUGGAGUUUGAAGAUUACAGAGAUGCAGAUGAUGCUGUUUAUGAACUGGAUGGAAAAGAGUUGUGUAGUGAAAGAGUUACGGUGGAGCAUGCCAGAGCACGCUCUCGGGGAGGUCGUGGCCGAUUUCAAGGCCGUUACAAUCAACGUCGCCCAAGGGGUGCAGGAAGAAGUGGUCCGCCAAGUCGCACAGAAAACAGAUUGAUUGUUGAGAAUUUAUCAUCCAGAGUUAGUUGGCAGGAUCUCAAAGAUUUCAUGAGACAGGCUGGAGAAGUUACUUUUGCUGAUGCGCACAGACACAAAAUGAAUGAAGGGAUUGUUGAAUUUGCCUCUUAUAGUGAUUUGAAGAAUGCUCUAGACAAGCUUUCUGGCACAGAGCUUAAUGGAAGAAAGAUCAGGCUGGUUGAGGAACGAAAACAGUAUAGGUCACGGAGUCGAUCUCGUUCCCGUAGCCGUAGCUCUUCCAGAUCUCGCAGCCGAUCUCGCUCCAGGAGUCGCAGGUCCUACAGUAGGUCUAAGAGUAGGAGCCGCAGUAAAUCCCGUUCUCGUAGUAGAUCACCCGUUCCUGCCAAGGAACAGAAAGGCCGCUCCCCUACUCCGUCCAAAUCUGCGUCAGUGGAGCGGGCAAGAUCUCGGUCUCGUUCACGGUCACGAUCAAAAUCCCGUUCACGUUCACGAUCACCUUCUGUUGAAAGUGCAGAUUAAGUGGUGCUUGUGGCGUACAUUAAUGUAGUGAAAAUGGACUUUUACCCCCAAGUUAGUGAAAACUAAUGUAAAAUAUGGUAAGUAGGAAGUGGUAAAUUUCUGUUAAAAUAAAUCUAAUUUUGUUAGGAUUUCGGUACUUGCAACUAUUGGAAGUACAUUCAAAUUGUAUUCUCAUAUACAGUACUUAAGAUUUUUAUGCACAGGAUUCUGAUUCUUCCCCAUAAAAAUGUGUGAUUGCCUUGUUUCAUAUGGUUUUCUUUUAGAAAUGCAUCAAUUUGUUUUCAUAAUCCCUUCUUCCCCCCCCCCACCCCACCCCGCCCACUCCACGAUUGAAAUACAUCCAUCUGUGGCAAACAUAAUGGCAUGAAAUCCUGUUUUGUGUAUGCUUUAAAUAAAAAUGAUACCAGUUA